CCUCUCCCAUCAAUUCAAUUUCCUCCUGAGCACCUGCGCAUUUUCAGAGGCUCUGCUGUUUUGCGGGCGCACCCGUGUGGGGAUGACGUAAGUUAAAGUCUCGCAGCUUCUGUCAUCACCGCUGUAGACAGAACGCGGACACAGCUGUUGUUUGGACACGCCACCGUCGAGGGAGCCUAAUGUAGGGAGAGCUUCACAUGCGGAAAAGAAGUACAGCACGACUUGCUAUUCAGCUUCAAGUUGUACCUGCUUGUGAUUUCAGGUGACUUUCACAGUUGACGCAUCGGCUGCAUCGCUCUCCACGCCACUUGCACGUGUGCCGUGUCGAUCAUCAAGCAUCCAUCUUGUCUGCUUGAUUGUUCUCACACGGCCACAUACACCAUCACGCCGUCACGACUCUCACGACUGAACAUCCUACAUAGUGCUCUUUCCUAUCGGCGUUUUCGCAUGAUCACAGACAGCCGAUCAUGAUCCUCAGAUUCCAAAGCCGCAAUGGCCAAUUCCGGUUGACACUCGACGCCGAUGCCGAAGUGGCUGCGACACUUCCCGCUGUGCUCGAGCAUUUACCCAAAGACACCAUCUCAUCGUCCGUCACAAUCAGUCCGAAGCCUCACGGUGCAGAAUCCAGGCCAAUCGAAGCUCUGCAAGGGAUCACUUUUGCCCGGUUAGGACUGAAGCAUGGUACCCAAAUCUUCCUCGACUACAAGGAAGGAUCGGCGGCAGAUACACAGAGUGUCUCGAUUGCACCAUCAGAGUCUGCUCGCCGACUCAACGGACGCGAUGUCGCCCCAGAAGACGAUGCAUCGAGUGUAGCAAUUCCGAGUGUGCAAGCACGUGCGUUGAUAAAGAAUCCUUGGGACUCAGUGAAGCAAUCGGAGCUUGAUGACAGGCUUGACAAGCUGGACGGCAAGAUCACGCGGAGAAAAGAUGAAAAAAUGUGCAGGCAUGGACCCAAGGGCAUGUGUGACUACUGUAUGCCACUCGAGCCAUACAACAAAGAAUACCUGGAAGAGAAGAAAGUCAAGCACCUGUCAUAUCACUCAUACCUCCGCAAGAUCAACCACGGAAAGAACAAAUAUCAAUCGGGCACUUCCUACAUGCCGCCGCUCAGCGAGCCAUACUUUCGCGUCAACCCGGAAUGCCCAAGUGGGCAUCCUCCAUUCCCAGCACAGAUUUGCUCCAAGUGUCAACCUUCAUCCAUCACGUUACAGCAACAAGAAUACCGCAUGGUCGAUCAUGUCGAAUUUGCCCACUCCGAGAUUGUCAACAAGUUUUUAAACUUCUGGCGCCAGUCCGGCACUCAGCGGAUCGGUUUCCUUUACGGUCACUACGAGGCGUACGAAGAAGUGCCUCUCGGCACCAAAGCAGUCGUUGAGGCAAUCUACGAACCGCCACAAGUGAACGAGCUUGAUGGUGUCACCCUCAGCCCUUGGACAAACGAGGCGUCUGUCGAGGAGCUGUCAUCCAUGUGCGGUCUACAGCGCGUCGGGGUCAUCUUUACUGAUCUGAUACGAACAGACGACCCGGAGAAGCCAGCAGUAUGCAGACGUCAUGUCGAUUCAUAUUUCCUUUCGUCAUUAGAGAUCAUCUUUGCGUCUCAAUAUCAGGCAAAAUAUCCCCGGCCUUCCAAAUGGAGUGAGACUGGACAGUUUGGCAGCAACUUCGUCACUUGCGUGGUGUCCGGCGAUGAGACGAAUCAGAUCACCAUCUCAGCGUAUCAAGCAAGCAAUGCCGCGGUGGAGAUGGUGCGUGCCGACAUCAUCGAAGCAUCGGCUGAACCCAGUGUGGUGAUGGUCCAGGAUGAGGAUGAGAAUCUUGCUAUCGGCCGUCGGAGAUAUAUCCCAGAAGUUUUCUACAGCAAGAUCAACGAGUACGGACACAAGGUGCAAGUCAAUGCCAAACCUUCGUUCCCAGCGGAGUACCUACUCGUCACCCUCACGCACGGAUUCCCCAACGAGUCACACCAAAAGUUCGUCAAGAACGAUUUCGCCAUUGAGAAUCGGGACGCACUCGGAGAAUUACAAGAGCCAAGAGAUCUUCAGAAGCAGCUCAAGGCUGGUGCGAAUCGUGUCGCCUUGGAGACAUCGCAGGGCGUGCUUUCAGUGUCGGACUUCCACCUACUAACUUUCAUUCAUGGCCUCAACAUCCUCAGCGUGGAGGAAACAAGACUUCUCUGCAACGUCGCCACAUCACACGAUGCCUCACUAGGCGGCACGCUCAUGCAAACACCAGGUUGGGCCACUCUUGAAACAAUCCUGCAGCAGAUGUAGACGUCGUCUUUUUUUCCUUCGCGGCUGUUGCUGCGGCCGCCGUCGUCAGCGGGC